UCUUCUACACCCCCCCCCCUACAACUCCAUGUUCUCCAAUUGAAUCUCUUAUUUUUCCUUAAGCAAUUGCAUUUAAUGCACAUUCAUUCCCUUGUUACUACAAAUAUACUUCUUCUUGUGCUGCUACCAUAUCGUCACUUCAUUUUCCUUAACCCACAACAAAAGUUUUAUUAGCUCAAAAUUUCACAAGCAUCUUUGUCUUAAAAUGUCAUCAAGUGAAUACAUUCUUCUUUUAUUUCUUUUCUUUUCCUUGCAUGCAUGCAAUGCUCGGCAGCAUCCGAGUUCUCUAGAUAAGAUCGAGAAGAAACCUCACUUCUCCCUUAAGAUUGUUGAGAAAAACGGAUUUGAUUCCUUUCUGAAGAAGGUUAAUGAAGGCGAUAAUAAAAUGAAAACUCAAAUUGUUGAUGAUUCAGAGAAGCCGAAACACCGAAGGAGUACCAACCAGAGGAUGUUGAAAGGUGUGGGAAAAAUUUCAAUUGGUUUACAAAGUAAAUCACAAGUUUCAGUUUCAUCAUGGCGUGUGCCACACAAGAAGCAUAGUGAGAAGCAUCCUGGAUUUAAUUUGGACUAUUCACCACCUAAGACACAUCCUCCUUCUCACAACUAAGAAUUAAUAUGUUAUGAUAUGAUCCCUAGUUAGUUAUAAACUGAAUAUUUAAAACAAUGCAUACACAAAGCCUAGCUAUGAUCUAU